AUGGCUGAACACACAAUCACUGUUAAGCCUGUGCUACAGCCCUGGGCUACUUUUGGACGUGCAAGAAGACACUCAUCUGCAGUUGUUAGUCCACAGCCGCUGCCAGAACCCCGCGGCCGCUGCCACAACCACCAUGGCAACGUCCCUGCCAAGAAGGACACCAAGCAGAAGGUCGUGAAAGAGUUCCUAGCCAGAGCCAAAGAAAAUUUCCUCUACAGAUGGGAACACCUUGUUCAGAACACCGCCAGCUUGGAUCAGUUUAAACUGCUGAAGACGCUGGGCACCAGCUCCUUCAGGCAGGUGGUCCUGGUGAGUCACCAGGAGAGCGGCAGCCACUACGCCAUGAAGAUCCUCAACAAGGAGAAGGUGGUGAAGCUGCAGCAGGUCGAGCAUGUCCCGAACAAGAAGCGCAACCUGCAGGCGAUCCUCGUCAAGCUCCAUUUCUCCUUCAGGGACAACUCCAACCUGUACCUGGUGAUGGACUAUGUGCCGGUUGGGGAGAUGUUCUCCCACCUACAGUGCGUCGGAAGGUUCAGAGAGCCCCAUGCCUGUUUCUAUGACACCCAGAUCGUCCUGGCCUUCCAGUACUUGCACUCGCUCGACCUCAUCCACCGCAACCUGAAGCCCGAGAACAUCCUCAUCGACCAGCAGGGCUACCUGCGGGUGACAGACUUUGGUUUCACCAAACGCAUGAGGGGCAGCGACUGGACCCUGUGUGGGAGCCCCAAGUACCUGGCCCCCGAGAUCAUCCUUAGCAAAGGCUACAACAAGGCCGUGGACUGGUGGGCCCUGGGGGUGCUCAUCUACAAGAUGGCCAUGGGCUUCCCGCCCUUCUACACCAACCAGCAGAUCCAGGUCUUCCAAAACAUCAUCACUGGGAAGGUGCGGUUCCCCUCCCAUGUCAGCUCUGACCUCAGGGACCUGCUGUGGAACCUGCUGCAGGUGGACCUCACCAGGUGCUUCGGGAACCUCUGGAACGAGGUCAGUGACAUCAAGAACCACAAGUGGUUCGCCACAACCAAUUGGAUCACCAUCUAUAAGAAGAAGGUGAAAGCUCCCUUCAUCCCGAAGUUCGCAGGCCCUGGGGAUGCCAGUAACUUUGACAACUGUGAGGAAGAGAUCCAGAUCUCCAUCAAUGAAAAGUGUGCCAACGAGUUUUCUGAGUUUUAGGGGUGUGCUUGUGCCCCCUGUGGGUUUUCUUUUCUUUCUUAUUUUUUUGGACCCUCUCAGAGCUCAUCCUAUGUCUCUCUUCCUAUGGCUGGUUCAGAUUUGUAUGCUUUAUAAUAAAACUGUAAUCAC